CGCGGUGCGGUGCGGUGCGAUUCAUCCAUCCAUCCCAUCGAAUCCCGGAGCGAUCCAUCCAUCCCGGAGCGGGACAUCCAUCCAUCCAUCCAUCCAUCCAUCCAUCCAUCCAUCCAUCCAUCCAUCCAUCCAUCCCCCCGCAUUUCAGCCCCUCCCGGAGCGGUGGGGGCCGUGGUGCAGCGCGGGACGCCCCGAGGAGCAGCGGGGCACCCCCGGCAGCCCGUGCCGAUGGAGAGCCAGGGUUACCGCUGCCGCAGCAGCCGCUACAUCCAGAGCGGGCAGUCGGCCGUGCCCAGCUCGGUGCUGUUCGCCGCCGGGCUCCUGGGGAACGUGCUGGCUCUGUUGCUGCUGGGCCAGCACCGCCGGCGCUCCCGCUCGCCCGGGGGCCGCCCGCCGAGGGUGUCGGCGUUCUACGUGCUGGUCAGCGGGCUGGCGGUCACCGACCUGCUGGGCAAGUGCCUGCUCAGCCCCAUCGUGCUGGCAGCCUACGCCUACAACCGCAGCCUCAGCGAGCUGGGGCCGGGGGGCCGCGGCGAGGACGAGCCCGGGGUGCUGUGCCAGCUCUUCGCCUUCCUCAUGGCUUUCUUCGGGCUGGCCCCCACGCUGCUGCUGCUGGCCAUGGCUCUGGAGUGUUGGCUUUCCCUGGGCCACCCCUACUUCUACCGGCGGCACCUGACCCGCCGCCUGGGAGCCGCGCUGGGGCCGGCGGCCGCGGGGCUGUGCGCCCUGUUCUGCGCCCUGCCGCUGCUGGGCUUCGGGGCUCCCAUGCAGUACUGCCCGGGCACCUGGUGCUUCAUCCGGAUGGCCGGAGGCGGUCCGAGCCAGCUGGGCUUCCCCGUGCUCUACGCCAGCCUGAUGGGCUUGCUGGUGCUGGCCAUCGUGGCGUGCAACGUGAGCAGCAUGCGGCACCUGUACGGCAUGGCCCGCAGGCAGCCCCGCCGAGGGCCGGCCCCCGCCGCCGCCCCGCGCAUGGAGGAGCUCGAUCACCUCGUCCUGCUGGCGCUCAUGACCGUCCUCUUCACCGUCUGCUCCCUGCCGCUCAUCAUCCGGGCCUACAUGGGGGCUUUCGCCGCCGACUUCAACGAGAACGCCGACCUGAGCGCGCUGCGCUUCCUCUCCGUCAACUCCAUCGUGGACCCCUGGGUCUUCAUCAUCUUCCGCACCUCCGUCUUCCGCACCUUCGUGCGCCGCCUGUGCCGCCGGCUCGGCUCCCGCCGCGCGUCCCUGAAAGGCUCCGGCCCUCCGGGUGACGGCCAGUUCUGUCCGCCGGGCUGGCGCAGGACAGACCCGCCGCAGCUCGGCAUCCCCUGA